GCGCGGCUGGAGGGCCGCGAGUUCGAGUACCUGAUGAAGAAGCGCUCGGUGACCAUCGGGCGCAACUCGUCGCAGGGCUCGGUGGACGUGAGCAUGGGCCACUCGAGCUUCAUCUCGCGGCGCCACCUGGAGAUCUUCACGCCCCCGGGCGGCGGCCAUGGUCACGGCGGGGCCCCGGAGACGCCCGCGCAGCCCAGGCCCGAUGCCGGCGGCGACUUCUACCUGCGCUGCCUGGGCAAGAACGGCGUGUUCGUGGACGGCGUGUUCCAGAGGCGCGGGGCACCGCCGCUGCAGCUGCCGCGCGUGUGCACGUUCCGCUUCCCCAGCACAAACAUCAAGAUCACGUUCACUGCCCUGUCUAGUGAGAGGAGGGAGAAACAGGAGGCGCCCGCAUCGCCGGUGAAGCCCGUGCAGCCUCAGAUCUCGCCCCUGACCAUCAACAUUCCAGACUCCAUGGCCCACCUGAUCAGUCCCCUGCCUUCCCCAACGGGCACCAUCAGCGCUGCAAACUCCUGCCCAUCCAGCCCCCGUGGGGCGGGCUCUUCAGGGUACAAAGUGAGCCGUGUGAUACCAUCUGACCUCAGUUUAAUGGCUGACACCACACAGCCGGAAAAUGAGAAGGAAGCCUCAGGUGGUGACAGCCCCAAGGAUGACUCAAAGCCACCGUACUCCUAUGCUCAGUUAAUAGUACAGGCAAUUACCAUGGCGCCUGACAAGCAGCUCACCCUAAACGGCAUCUACACACACAUCACCAAGAACUACCCCUACUACAGGACGGCAGACAAGGGCUGGCAGAAUUCGAUUCGCCACAAUCUCUCUCUGAAUCGUUAUUUCAUCAAAGUCCCGCGUUCGCAGGAAGAACCAGGUAAAGGGUCCUUCUGGCGGAUAGAGCCUGCUUCUGAGAGCAAACUGACAGAGCAGGCCUUCCGGAAAAGACGGCCUAGGGGCGUGCCCUGCUUUCGAACCCCCCUGGGACCACUCUCCUCUAGAAGUGCCCCCGCCUCUCCCAACCACGCGGGAGUGCUGUCUGCUCACUCCAGUGGUGCGCAGACUCCCGAGAGCCUAUCGCGGGAAGGUUCACCAGCCCCCCUGGAGCCUGAAGCGCCAACCACGCAGCCCAAGCUCGCCGUCAUCCAAGAGGCUCGUUUUGCCCAGAGCGCCCCAGGUUCCCCUCUGUCCACUCAGCCGGUUCUGAUAACUGUGCAGCGGCAGCUCCCACAGACCAUCAAACCCGUCACCUACACGGUGGCCACGCCCGUGACCACGUCCACCUCCCAGCAGCCUGUCGUGCAGACAGUCCACGUGGUCCACCAGAUCCCCGCGGGGGCGGUCACCAGCGUGACUGGCUUGGCACCAACAAACACUUACGCAGUCGCUGGACCUGCAGUGGUCACCCAGGCAGCCGUGGUGACCCCUCCCAAGAUGGAGCCACAGGAGAACGGAGAGCACAGAGAGGUGAAAGUGAAAGUGGAGCCUCUCCCUGCAAUUGGCCAUCCCCCCCUGGGGGCCACCGGCCGGGUCAUCCAAACAUCCCCGUCCACACCCGUCCAGACGGUCACCAUAGUACAGCAGGCACCUCUAGGUCAACACCAGCUACCAAUAAAAACGGUCACUCAAAACGGGACUCAUGUGGUACCAGUCGCCGCUGCAGUCCAUGGACAGGUGAACAAUGCUGCUGCAAGCCCCUUGCACAUGCUGGCGACCCACGCGUCGGCGUCCGCAUCCCUGCCCACAAAGCGCCAGAACGGCGAGUCACCAGAGCAGCCGGAGCUGAAGCGGAUUAAGACGGAGGACGGGGAAAGCAUUGUCAUCGCUGUGAGUGUGGACGCGCCGCCCACAGCCGUGCGGGAGAACUAG